AUGAUGUAUUCAAACCCUCCGACAGAAUCGCCGAGUAGCAGUCCUUUUGAAUUUGAAAGAAUCAGCAAGGAAGUUGAUUCAAUCAUUGCACAAUGCAUGACCGAGACGCCUCAUGAUGAAAGGCAAAAGUCGUACUUGGAAGUCCAUGAAGUUAGUAACGUGUUUGACGAGACUCCAGCGGCAGUCCAAGACGCUCUGGAAGGAAUGAAGAUGGAAAUUCAAAAGAUCACCAAGAAUAGAGAUGCUUUAACGCUUGCUGAAUCAAUGGACGAGGAGUACGUGAACGAUCCUUCCCUCCGUCUCAAGUUUCUUCGUGGUGAGAAGUUCAAUGUAAAAAAAGCAGCACAAAAGUUUGUUCGGCAUUUCGAAUUGAAGUUGGAACUCUUCGGAAAUUCUAAGCUUGUAAAGGAUAUCGAACAAGACGACUUGGGCGAAGGUGAAACUAAGGCUCUAUAUCUUGGCUACGUUCAAUGGUUACCCCUUCGCGACAUCAGUGGACGAACUGUCACAGUUUACUUCACGGGCAAAACAAGUGGCGAAGAAAGUGACGAAGCAAGAAGCUUAUUGAAUGAGCUAAAAGUCUUCUUCUAUUUGCGCAUGAUAGCAAUGGAAGAUGAGGCAUUUCAGAAGAAUGGAGUGGUGCUUAUCACUCUUACCGGAAAUGAAUCUGAAGCUAGGGAAAGCAUGGAGCAGCCAGCAAUACAGAGCAAUUUGAAAGAAAGGGCAAGGCUGGGCGAAGCCCUUCCUGGAUACAAUCAGUGCAUUCAUUUUUGCUUCUCAAACGUAACAUCAAUCGGCGCAAUUGCAGUCCUUGGCAUGGCUCGAUUCUUGAUAGCUGUAAUGAGUAAUUUCAUAACGAUACGCACUCGUAUUCAUAAAGGUGCAUCACAGCAUCAGUGUUUGAGCAAACUUCAAACAUUUGGAAUCCCAGUUACUGUAAUUCCCAAGUCACCGACCGAUAAUGAUUAUCACACCACUGUCCUGCAACGAAGAAAACGGUUGGAGCAAAAACGUCGUCAGCUCAAGCAACAACAGAACAAUAAGUCUCGUCGUCAAAUUGAUGAGGAGCCAGAGCAGGUUGAGGAUUCGGAUGACGAAGGAGUUACAGUGUCCUUUGAUCCUCUAGAUGAAAAGUGCGGCUGGAUCUGUGCUGGCCCGGCACCGCGCGAUGUCAUUCUUGGCCGUGGCCUGAAAAAGAACAAUCAUCCUGGAAAUAUUCGAUUGCGAGCCAUGGUGGAGGAACUAAGUGACGUAUACAAGAGUAGUUCCAAGAAGGAAAAGACAGAAAUCACUCAGAGAAUAGUUGCAAGCAUCCAAACCAUUGGGAGGUUCCUAAAGGAGAGUGACAUGAUUGGGUGGAUGGAGGUGCCCGAUGAUGUGGCUCGCAUCAAAGUCAGUCACGCCUUCCGAGAUAUCGAUAAAGUGAAGCGAAAGCAAGGCUGUGGCAAUAGCCAGACUUUGUAG